AGCCAAGUUCUGGUGGUUUAUGGGUUUUUCUCAUUCUAUAUUGAACAAAAUGGUAUCAAAUCUGGUUUUGAAGGAGCUCUUGUGAAGAUUAAGCUUUUAUGUUGCUCCACAUAGCCUUAUAGAGUGUCAGUCUGGGUCACAAUACAUACAUAGAUAGAAAUCACAUAGACAGUGUGAUAGAAAUCCUACAUUUUGUGUUACACAGUUUCCUAGGGAAUAAAGAUAUUCUGGCUGCUGUAUUUUGUUCUGCACCAUUACAGUUCCAAUUUAGCUUUGCCAGGUAUUAACAACAACAAAAAAAUCUAUUUUCCAGCAGUCAUUUUUCAAAGGGAUUUAAGAGGCUGACACUGAGAGGAAAUUGAGGUUUGGGAGAGGCAUCAAGGAGCUCCAGUGCCUCUUCUGUCAUGUUUUUGGAAUUGCCUUGGCAGUGUGGAGAGCUGGGAGAGGCAGAUCAGGGCUCUGAGGCUGUGGCAGAGCUCAGUGAAUGAGGCUGCAGGGAAGGAAGGGACUGGCACAGGAAAUUCUGUGUUUCUAAUUCGUUGAGGACAGCUAAUGUUGUGUUUGGUGAGAAAUGAAUCCAUUACUCCUCAGUCCAGUAAAACAGGAGAGGUUUCCAUCCCUCUCCCAUUCAGUUUGUGGAUUCACUUUUCUGGCAAUUUCAGUUAAGAUUUCAUGGGUAGUUCUUGGUUUCAAGAUAAGCUGCACUCAGAGCAGGUAGAAAAAGCUGCAAGGACUGUAGUAAAUUGGGAUCUGUGCAGCUGAAUAAAAUGUUCCCUGAAGAAUCAGGAUGGUUUGGGUCUGAAGGGACUCUCAGAGGUGAAGAAGGAGUCAGGCCUGCUACCAGCAGAGUGAAAUGCUCCCAGUUUGGUGUGAAAUGCUCCCAGUUUGGUGCCUUAACAUCACCCUGUGCCUGUGAAGAUGGACAAACCCUUGUGCCAGGCUCCAGAAAUGCCUCAUCACACCCCAGGAUGUGUUCUCAGCCUGAUCUUGGGAAAUGCCAGGCAGGGAGCCAGACUGGGGGCCCAGAAAGAAAAGGAACUCAAUGGAGAGAACCUGCUUAGGGCCAAAGUUCCAGCAAGAACACCACUCUGGCAAUGCUGAGCUGCUCCAGCUGAGCUCCCAAAGCCAACCCUGGCCCUGCAUCACACCUUGUAUGGAGGCCUCACAAAUGGGGUCAUUUGCCUGGUUUUUGCUUCGUACUGCUCUCAGUUUCCAGGCUAAACCUUGCCCAGGUGUGUUUGUGGGUUGGGAUUCAGCUCAACCCUGCCCAGGUGUGUUUGUGGGUUGGGAUUCAGCUCAGUUGGUUGAAGGUAAAUCAGCUGAACAGGACGUGGUAGGUGCAGAGCUUCCCACAAAACUACUCCUGGAUAAGGGAGGCUGGAGAUCCUGCCAGUGGCAGAGGGCUGCCAGGAGCUGGGGCUGUUAAUUGCACAGAGGCUCCUGAGGAACCUGGAUGUCCCACCUUGCGCGGAGCCCUCACAAACGCGGCCAUUUUGCCCAGAUUUUGCUUCGCACUGCUCUCAGUUUCCAGGCUUAAACCCUCGGUGGCGAACUGCUGACGGCAGAGUUUUCCAGAGAAGCUGGCAAGAAGCAGCGUGAACGUGCUGAUGUGAGUUUGGCCGUUAAUCUGCAGCGAACCGAGCGGCCCUCGUGCGAGGGCUGGCCCGGAGCGAUCGCCGCGGCGGCGUUUCCAUGGCCCGCUAUUGAGCCGCGAUCCCAUGGCUGGAAUUCCGUGGACGCAGCUGCUGCAUCAGCGCCCGGCCCGGGGAAUUCUGCUGCUCUGGACAGAAGCAACCCCAUAAAUAGCGGGGCCGGCCGCGCCGCCCGGCACAGCGGAACCACACGGACAGGCACAAUGACCGAGCAGCAAAGUCCCCCCGAGCAGAUGGCGACUGGGGAGGGUGCUGGCGAGCGAGGAGGCACCUACAAGAUCACCAUCUACGAGCUGGAGAACUUCCAGGGGAAGAGGUGUGAGCUGACAGAGGAGCUGCCCAACAUCACCGAGAAGGAGAUGGAGAAGGUGGGCUCCAUCCAGGUGGAGUCUGGCCCGUGGCUGGGCUUCGAGCGCCAGGCCUACGCUGGGGAGCAGUUCGUGCUGGAGAAGGGCGACUACCCCCGCUGGGACUCAUGGUCCAACAGCCACAGCAGCGACAGCCUGAUGUCCAUCCGGCCCCUCCAGAUUGACAGCGCUGACCACAAGAUCCACCUGUUUGAGAACGCGGGCUACACCGGGCGCAAGAUGGAGAUCGUGGAUGACGACGUGCCCAGCCUGUGGGCCCAUGGCUUCCAGGACCGGGUGGCCAGCGUCAAGGCCCUGAAUGGAACGUGGGUGGGCUACGAGUACCCCGGCUACCGGGGCCGCCAGCACGUCUUUGAGAAGGGCGAGUACCGGCACUGGAACGAGUGGGACGCCAACCAGCCCCUGAUCCAGUCGGUGCGGCGCGUGCGGGACCAGCAGUGGCACCAGCGGGGCUGCUUCGAGAACAGCUGAGGGAGCCCGAGCUGCCGGGGCCGCCCCGGGGCUCCCCACGCUGCUGCUGCUGCUGCCGUGACCGUGGUGUUCUCUUUGUGCAAAAUCCAAAAUAAAGCUCUGAGCUGGAGCCGG